CUGCGGUUGCUGCCAAACAUGGCGGAGCGUCUGCUUCAACUUUGAGCGUGCUCGUCUGCGCUCUUGCCACGGGACAACGGGACACGUAUGACGGCGGUGGCCACGGACGCGGCGGCGGCGGCGGCGGCGGGCGUGUGAGACGGCAGGCGGCGGCGGCGGCGUUGGGGAGAAGUCGGCGGUUGUUGGGUCUAAACUUGCUUCAAGUUGUUCCGGGAAGCUGGAGAGGAAGAAGCGAGUCGCAGCAGUGUCAAUGCCAUCAGAGGCUCAGUCCCAGGAACCACGUGACAGAGGACCGCCACCUCCUGUCACUCGAGCUGGACGCAGCGCCUUAUUGGCUAAAGCAGCUGCCAGCAAUCCUCUUCCUGAAAAGCGGCCACGUGGGAGGCCUCGUAAAGAUGGGAGUACUGGCCGCGCUGCCCCUCCCCUUCCACCUCCUCCACCCUCUAAGUCAAGAAAGAAGGGAAGAAGCAGAGGUAGAGCCCAGGUAGAGGAUGAAGAAAGCAUGGACUCUUCCCAGAAGAAAAGGCCACAAAGAACAGAUGUUAAGGAGGUGAAGCCAACAGGACGACAACGGUCGGCUUCCAGAAGAAAAUCCAACUCAAACCUCGAACCUCCACGGGACAGUCCACAACCAGAGCAGGACCCAGAACCUGAUCCAGAGGCCAUUCGGGAAAUUUCAGAACCUAAUCAGAAAGAAGAACCUGGGCCUGUUAAUACAGACACUUCCAGCCCCUUACCCAGCUCCAGGGAUAGCCAGUUAGACCUUAGUCCCAAACCAGCUCUCAACUCCAGAGCAGAAGUUGGAUCCAGCACCAUCUCUCCUGAUCCUGACCUUGACCCAGGUCCUGAUCCUAACCCUGUCCAGAUCACUGUACUGAGGGACUGGCAGCCGGCAACCUGUCCAAGCUUAGCCUCCAAUCCUGGUAAAGGAGACCAAGCCAGUCCAAACCCUACUUCCCCAUUCCACAGCCCUGUCCAGAGCCCCAGACCCGGCCCUGAAGAGGAUCCCUGCAGUCCUACCUUUGACGUUAUGGAGACUGUAGAGAGCACACUAAGCUCCAGGCAUAGUCCCGUGGAGAAGAGCCCUGUACCCAGCCCUCUAGUCAGUUCCACAUCCAUCUCUAGACUUCGCCCUAUACCAAGCCCUGUACCCAGUCCCAGACCCAUCUCCAGACCUAGCCUUAUACCCAGCCCUUCACCAAGCCCUGUGCUUAGCCCUGUACCCAGUCCCAGACCCAUCUCCGGACCCAGCCCUGUAGAAAGUCCCAGACUCAUCUCCAGACCCAGCCCUGUACCCAGCCCUGUAGCCAGUCCACUGGACAGCCCCUGCCCCAGAUUGAGCUUCAGUCCUGGAGCGGACGAUGGCUCUUUGUCCCCUCUGUUCCAGCCCUCUCUGUCAGAUGACUCUGGAGGCUCCCCGGUCCCUUCCCUUGGCCAUACCAAAAAACGUUUGAAGCAGUGUGCCUUCUGUUACCGUGGUGAUGACCCUCCUCUAGGUCAGGGUCAUCUGGUUGUGUUUGGGCCAACUCCAGGCUACAUCCCUCUCCAUAUUCUGAACCGCCGAGCCUCAUCUGAACGUGAUAACGACUACCAUGACAACUGCUACCAUGGCAACCAGGGAAUGCCAUCUUGCAGCAGUCCGGAUCAUCCCACUUCAAAUGAAGAGUUCUUUGAGCAGUUGGGAACCAUUGGCUUACCACAUGACAUCAAUGUCCAGUCACUGUUUGAUCCCACAGGUCAGUGCUGUGCCCAUCUGCAGUGUGCGGCAUGGUCGGAUGGGGUGUGUCGAGGAGAGGGCCAGUCACUGCUGUACGUGGACAAAGCCAUCGACGCAGGAAGUACACAGGUUUGUGUGUUCUGCAGUCGUCUGGGGGCAUCGCUGCGUUGCCGGGAGACAGGAUGUGGGCGGAGCUACCAUUUCCCCUGUGCUGCCGCCGCGGGAACACAUCAGGACUGGAACCACAGACAUACACUGUGUACCAGACACAUUCACACAGCUUCCUCUCAGUGUGUGUUGUGUUGGAGUGUUGGUGAUGUCAGCAGUCAGUUGAUGUGUUGUUGCUGUGGUAAUCAUUACCAUGGCAGCUGUCUAAAGCCCUUCCUGGAGCCCACCCCCCUGAUCAGGGCAGGUUGGCAGUGUCCCCAAUGUAGAGUCUGUCAGAGCUGCAGGUUGCGAGGAGAAGAAAGUUUGUUGGUGGUGUGUGAGUGCUGUGAUAAGGCUUACCACACACAUUGUCUAUCACCUGUCCUGGAGUACACACCACCCAACAAAUGGCGGUGUAAGAACUGCAGGGUGUGUAUCCGAUGUGGAGAGAGGUCAUCAGGGCAGUGGGCUAAUCAUCCGUCUCUAUGUGAGUCAUGUGACCCUGACCUGCCCUGCCCAAUCUGCGGAGAGAACGCAGACCCUUCAUCAAUGUACCACCUGACCUGUACAAGCUGCUACAGGUGUGUCCAUGCAGAGUGUGUCUUCCAAAAGGAUGGGGCUCAGGUGAACUCUGACCCCUACAUUUGUUCCGUCUGCAGAUCUUCAAAAGAGCUGAAGCUACAAAGUCCCAUGAUGCAAAGCCCAACACAGAUUCCAUCCCUUGACCCCCCUGUUCAUAGCCAUGUCCACCUUAUCUCCUCAGAACCAUCACUCAGUCCUAGAGUGGCCCUGCCCCCCAACUCUAUACAGAUUACCUCAUCACCUCCAUCUAGUCCUCUCCCCUCCUGUACCCAGCCUACUUUGGACCAGGAGAGCACCAUCUUGCAGCUUAGUCAUGCUCACUGCCCUCGUAGCCCACUACAGUGUGGAACCACACAGGAUAUCUCUACACUGGACCAAGGAACCUUUUCAUCAGAGUACUAUGUUGGCAUGGCUGGAGAGCGGAGAGAGGAGGAGACACAGCAGGAGGAGCAUAAAGAUGAAGCUCUGAGAGGGGAAGGAGAGGAGGAGAGAGUAGAGAAGGAGACGGAGGGAGACAAACAGCAGAAGACAGAAGAAGAAUUUGAUCAGAGGACAGAGGAGAGAGAGAUGGGGGGUGAAACCGUCCUGAGGACGGAGGGGCUGAUAGAAAACCUCCAGGAGGAGGCGGUGCAGAGUGACCUGAAGGAAGACAAGGCAUGUGGCAGCUCUGAGACAGAGGCGGACUUGAUUGUGUCCUUGUCCCCCUUAGGUGUGGAGGAGGUCUACCAAACAGUCAUGACAGUCAGAGAUCCUCAGUCUUCUCCUCAAGGCGACUCCUCCCUCGUCUCCAAUGCAGCCCUUCCCUCCUCUCCUUGUCCACACCACUCCUCCUGUUCCCUUCUCUCUCAGUCAGAUUCUACCUCCCCCAUGCCGUCUGCCUUACUCCCCACCUCACCCCCCUCCUCUUCUCCGCGCUCCCUUGAGCAGCAGCCCCCCUCUCCCCUCUCCUCCCUGCGGUCUCCUCCUCCUGGAGCAGGUUCUCCAGACGUUUCCUCCUCCCCUGUAGCCUCCCUUCACAGAACUGCGUUACCCCUCUCUCCCUCCCCCCUAUCCUCCCCUCAACCCUCCCCCCCUGCUACUCAGUCCCCUUCUCCUCCUCACUCCAUUUUUGAGGAACAUUUGCAGGAAGAGAAAGAGACCAAUCGGGAAGAAUCAGAGUUAGGGGAGGGGGCGGGACUUAAGGAGUCGUCACUGUCCUGUCAAGCGAGGCCUGCACAUGACGAGAGCCAAUCCGAGAGCUUGUCCAAACCAACUGAUGUUGCUACGACAAAAACCACCAAAGAUCUCCACCAAUCACAUGCAGGGCCUUUGGCAAGGAUGGGGCAAAAGACACAGGAGGAGGAGGGGCCUAUUGAGAUGUCAUUUUCUGAAACCUCACAACACUCCGGGGUCUUGAUGAAAACUGCUGAGCAAGUGGUUACCAGGAAGCAGCAGGAAGAGGAGGUAGAGGAGGGAGCGGAGGAGAGAGGAAGAGAGAGGAUGGACGAGUUGGGACUGGAAACAUCUUUUGACAUGGAGGUGAUGAAGCUGAUGACCUCCUCUUCACCUCCUCCCUCCCUGCUCUGCUUCUCUCCUAGCCCUCCCCUCCGCAGGGGGAAGAGCAGGAGUCUCAGACCUCCCCCCCAGGCCUCCUGUAGACCAUCAGAUGACCUCUCCAUCCGCCUCCGACAGUCUCCCUUCUCCACUGAGGCCUCACCCGAGUCCUCCCCAGCCAGGAUUUCUGUCACCCCUCCUCCCCUCUCCCUUCCCACAACUCCCCCUAGAACGACCUCUGCUCCUGGAGCUCCAGAGUCUCCUUCCCACACAAAAUCCCAAACCUGCAGUGCCAGUUUUCCUCCUCCAGCCACCACUGUGGUCUCCCUUACCCCAAAGAUCGGAAUGGGGAAGCCGGCCAUCUCCAAAAGGAAAUUCUCCCCUGGAAGACCAAGGGUCAAACAGGGUUGGUCGUGGAGUAGUCGCAGGGUGGUGAGCCCCCCCUCCUCCUCCCAGGAUUCCAUGGGGGAGGGGGGUUGGGAAAGCCCUAAGCCCCACCCACCAGGAUCUCCCCUCUGGAGCAUGCCAGUGGGUCGUGGUUCAGGGUUUCCAGGGAGAAGGAGAGCUAGAGGAGGAGGUGUGGGAGGAGGGAGAGGAGGCAGAGGAAGGAGUCGCCUGAAGACCCAGGACCAUUUGACUGUACCUCCUGGUGUCAACCAGUUGACAGAGGAAGAGAACUCAAUGCACAAUACAGUGGUCAUGUUCUCCACCUCUGACCACUUCACCCUCAAACAGGACAUGUGUGUGGUGUGUGGAAGUUUCGGACAAGGAGCUGAAGGUAGACUGUUGGCCUGCUCUCAGUGUGGACAGUGUUACCACCCAUACUGUGUCAACAUCAAGAUAACGCGUGUGAUCUUGACCAAGGGUUGGCGCUGUCUGGAGUGUACGGUGUGCGAGGCGUGUGGCGAGGCCAGUGACCCUGGACGACUGUUGCUAUGUGAUGACUGUGACAUCAGCUACCACACCUACUGCCUGGACCCGCCCCUCCACACUGUGCCCAAGGGAGCCUGGAAGUGCAAGUGGUGUGUGUGGUGUUUGCAGUGUGGCGCCACAUCUCCGGGCGUGCGUUCCGAUUGGCAGAAUAACUACACCCAGUGUGGUCCAUGUGCAUCCCUGAGCCAGUGUCCCAUCUGUCAGAGAGCGUACACACACCAUGAGCUCAUCCUGCUGUGUCGGCAGUGUGACAGGUGGGUCCACGCGGCAUGUCAAGGUCUGCCAACUGAUGAGGAAGUUGAGGCUGCAGCAGAUCAAGGCUUCGACUGUACACUGUGUCAGAGUCUCCCUCCAUAUGGGACGUCACACAACUUUGAUUCUCCCUACAUGGCCCAAAUUGUCUCCAGACACAGAGAACCUGACAUUAUAAAGACCUACACUCAGGACGGAGUGUGUCUGACAGAGUCGGGUCUAUCUCAGCUUCAGUCGCUGGUGCAGCCUUUGACCUCACCACGCCGAUACCGCAGGUCCAAACCCAAGCUGAAACUGCGAAUCAUAAAUCAGAACAGUGUGUCGGUUCUACAGACCCCUCCAGACCCAGAAACCCCCACAGACAUGACCCGGGACGGAGAGCAGGAUGAUAGCAGAGGUGAGAUGGAGUGUGAGAUGAAGUCUGACUCCAGCCCAGAGCGAGAGCAUGCUCAUGAUGAUGAUGUUACCAAGGUGAUAGAGGUCACUGACGGCAACACGAAAAGGAAGAGGAAACCCUACCGGCCUGGUAUUGGUGGGUUCAUGGUGCGUCAGCGCGGAGGGAAGGUGGGACCAGGCAGAGCGCCUCCUGUUGAACAGGUGGAGAAGGUCAGGAAGAGAUACCGUAAGAAGAAGACUAAACUAGAGGAGGCCUUUCCCUCCUACCUACAGGAAGCGUUUUUUGGGCGGGACUUACUCGACAGGAGCCGUCAGCUGGAUAGGAAGGCGGGGCUAGAGGCUGUACCUGUCUGCCACAGCCAAUCAGGGACAGGAAGUAAGAAUAAAAGUACCCCCCUCAGCCUACGGGAACCCUUUCCUUCUACCACAUUGGUCAGCGGCACGGCAAACAGGAAGCAGAAAGCGCUGCCCAUGGUGGAGGAGACUCUUGUGGAUCUAUCUGAUGUUCUCAACACUGACCCUCACAUACUGGCCACAGAACACACAGCUGGCCUGGAUCUGGGCUCCAUGGCAGAAGACCCGUCAUUGAGCUCUGAACCAAGAGGAAGUGGUGGGUAUGGCCAUAGGGUGGCACAGGAAGAGCCACUGGACGCUAUCCUGAGCCCUGAGCUGGACAAGAUGGUGACUGAUGGUGCCAUUCUUGGUAAACUCUACAAGAUCCCAGAACUGGGCGGAAAAGAUGUGGAGGACUUGUUUACAGCGGUCCUGAGUCCCGGGAGCAGCACUACCAGCUGUACCAGUGCUACCAGCACCAGUCAGCUUGACCGGAACCCCCCCACAUACACACCAGCUGGCACCAAGACUCUACCACAGAGCACAGGAGGAGAGGCAUUUCAUUGUCUCCCAGUGGUGAAUGGUGUCAUGGGAGCUGCUCCUCACUAUGCUAAAACUCCCAUGAUGCCCAGCGGUGGUGGAGCGCCGGUCUCCGGGAUACCUACACCACACAGCAAUAGGAAGUUGAGCCAGUUGGGAGGGGAUUUGAUUGAUCCGUGGGGAUCCAGUGGCCCCGUCUCUGCCCCUGCCUCAACCAAUCCAUCAGGAGGAGAGGGAGAUGGAAUGUCAACAGCCCAGAAGAGCAUGCUGAAAUGGGAAAAGGAGGAGACACUAGGAGAAAUGGCAACCGUUGCUCCUGUCCUGUAUAGUAACAUCAAUUACCCUACUCUCAGAGAGCAGUACCAAGACUGGUCUACUAGAGUAAAGCAGAUUGCUAAACUGUGGAGGAAAGCCAGUUCUCAGGACAGAGCUCCAUACGUACAAAAAGCAAGAGACAACCGUGCAGCACUGCGCAUAAACAAAGUCCAUAUGUCCAAUGAGCCUUUGAAACGCCACCAAUCACAGAAGCCCCCCUAUGAGCCUGUUUCCAUGGAGACAGAGAUGAUUUUUAAGGACCCUCUAAAGCCAAAAGAGUCUGAACAGGAACAGGAGUGGAAAUUCAGACAGGGAGAGGUAAAUGACAGAUGGAGAGCCGGUAAGAAGAGGCAGGAAAAUCUCCCCAAAAGCAAAGCCCUAGACUCACCAACAGAUAAAGAUUGUCCCUACCUGGCACCUGUAACAGGAGCUGGAAAAGAGGCUCUGCAAAUGCGUCAGAAGAGUAAGCAGCAGGCAAAGAUUGAAGCCACUCAGAAACUUGAAAAGGUGAAGAACGAGCAGCUCCAACAGCAGAGACAACAGCAGCAACAUUUACUAGGCAACCAGCUCCUCACUGGGGGAGUUUCCCUGGAUACAGGUAGCCCUAGUCUGAUGAUAACACCCCAGCAACCAGCUGCAGGGGGCAGUGCCUCUCCUCUCCAGCCAUGUACAUUAAAGGAGGGCCAGGUCAGACCACACCCCCUCCUUGGACACCAAAGCUCCGGAUUGACUGAUGACAUCUUCCUUAAACCCCAAGCCCCUCCCCCCUCAGGGUUCUCCCAGUCUCACCUCUCCUCCCCUCACCCCCACUCGUCGCGCCCCUCCUCACCCUGGGACCCCUACAACAUGACGGCGGGAGGCCCUCCUCCUCAGCAGCAACGGAGGAACUCCCUCAGCACUUCCCCGGUCCAUGAUGCCCCGGGCUCGUCCUCCCCUGAUGCCAAACCCUUCGACCCACAAAGAAGACCCAUGGGAGUCCAACAAGGACCUCCUCGAGCUCCAGACCCCCAACAGGGCCGACUUCCUUCAGGCUCCGCACCCGACAUUUCGGCUAGACAACCUGCUAUCCAAAGGCCACCUCAUAAUAACAAUACUAAUAUCCGAAUGGCUGGUGGCGGGGUGUUCAAGGCGCCUAUGCCCCCCCACAGCCAACAGGAGGUGUACAGCAGCUCAACUGCAGCAGGAGGAGCAGGAAGGAGUGCUCCUUCAUCCACUCCCACUGAACUCGGCUUCCCUCUCUCCCAGGAGCCUCCCUUUGCCUCGUAUGCCCCGGCCCCUGGUACCCCUCACCCCAACUACAGCCAAACCCCCGACCCCUUCAACUCCCGACCUUCUCCCGACCCCCCUGCUACGCCACGGCCAAACUCAGAAUCUUCCUACCUCUCCACACCUGCCAUGCUGAGAAUCGACCAGUUUGGCCAGCAGGCAGCCAGUCGCAGGCCUUCCCCCUCCCACUCCACCCACCUACCCCUUGACUCCUAUUCUUCCAUGCCUGGGACGCCCCACCCCUCUGCCCCCGAGUGCGUCCCACAGUCUCCUGGGAGUCAGAGGAGUGCUGAGCUCUACUCCCAGGCUCAGGGUACCCCGAGGCUCACCGGCCCCGCCGACAGCUUCCCUCCUCAGCCUGCAUCCUCUGGCAUGUCUCCUCUGGCUCCAGUCCCCUCCGGAGAGACGUCCUCCUUUUCUCAGGCUCACCACCAGCAGUCUCCAGGGAGAGCACCCGAUGCUCAGACCCCAAAGCACUCUGGAAUAUGUGAGGAGGGCAGCUUCUCCAGUCUGGCUAGUCACACUCCAGGUCAUGAUGCUUUUGAGCAUGGUCACAUGACACCAAGACCUCAACAGAUGGAUAAGACUGCAACCAAUGAGCUGGCAGCAGUGGGCGGGCCACCAUUGGAUGGACCAAUGAGCAUGCUCCCACAGCUUGGGGACUCAGAGGAGAAACUAAGACAGCGUCAGAGACUUCGACAGCUGAUCCUCAGGCAGCAGCAGCAGAAGAGUGCCCUGCGUCAGGAGAAAGCCUUUCAGGAACCGGUCUCUGGACACACGGCACCCCCAUCAGCCACUCCAGGUCCUGCUACCGGCCCUGGUACCGACCCAGCCACACCUCACCACUGGUCUCAGGGCUCCUCUAUCGGUCCUCAACAAGACCUGUUCAAUCGACCUCCACCCCCCUACCCCGGCACAUCGAGACCUGCAGGAGUCUUUCCCCCCAGCCAAGCCCCGUACCCCCAGCCAAACCUCCCCCGACAGCUGGGCGGACCAGGAGCCAAUGUGGCAAAACUGGGGCUCCGGGGCCAGGCCAUGAGCUUUGGUUUUCCUGCUGAGGGUCAGGAGUCCUUCAUGCGCGCUGGCCUCGGCCUGCCCGACACGGUCCCAGUCCAGAUGAGGAGGCCCUUGUCUGGAGACUUCACCACCAUUAGACCAGUGGGCGGGCUCAACAACCAGCCACAACCCCAAAUGAUGCCAGGUGGCCCUGCCCAGCCCUUCCUCCCCCACUCUCUCCCACCUCAGCAGCACAGCAUCAUGGGACAGCCCUUCAUCGAGCUACGACACCGAGCCCCUGAGAGCCGCAUCCGGCUGCCCUACCCUCUGCCAGCCCCCCUGGAGCUGAACCACAGCCAGUCCCAGGGCAGCCAGAUGGGACCCGGGACCAGGAUGGGGAAGGGGGUGUUGGGCCAGCAGGACAAGCCUGCAGGGGGUCAGAUCAUGGGGAUGAAAGCUGGCAUGGAACCUCCAAACCAAGGCUUAGUGAGCAAGACCCACCCGCUGUCAGCAACACAAAGUCACCAUGAAAAUGCAGCUCCAGGGCUGGCUGGAAUUCCUGGAGCCGAUGCUGGACUGGCGCAGAGCAGCGAGGCAGUACUCCCAGCGGCUGAUGGGAUUGAGGAGGAGGGAGAGGAUUCAGCUGUGAAGGACUUGGAGGAUGUUGAAGUCAAAGACCUGGUCGAUCUCAACCUGAAUCUUGAUCAAGACGAUGGUAAAGAGGAUCUGGACCUGGGCCCCAAUGAUCUUCACCUGGAUGACUUCCUGUUAUCAGGCAAGUUUGACCUAAUCGCGUACGCUGACCCCGAGCUCAACCUGGAGGACAAGAAGGACAUGUUUAAUGAGGAGCUGGAGCUGGGCGAGGAGAAGGAGGAGCGAGAGGAGGGAGGAGAGCCUCACAAAGGCGUGACGGAGAGGAGAGAGGGAUUUACAGUGGGCAUGUCCAGGACACCGAGCCAGGUCAAACAGGAAUUGAAUGAGGAGAACAUUAAGUCAGAGGCCAAGGACUUCACCCCUCUACCUCCACAGCCAUCAGCCCUCGCUGGCUUAGUGACCUCCUCCAGAGCUUCUGCACCUUUGGGAGCCAACGAAAGAGCUUCUGUCCUGCUGCCAGGAUCUCCUCAGCAGGCUGGCCAGGAGGCGGUGGAGAGCGGGUCAGGGGGGGGGGUGGUGCCAGUGCCCCAAAGCCAGGAACAUGGCUCAACCUCUGGAGGAGUGCUCCCUGUAACAACAGCCUAUCAGCAGCAGCAUAGGGGUUUCCACCUCAACCCCCAGACCCAACCUCCACACACAGUGGUAUCAUCCCUCAACCAGCCCCAACAACACCCUGGUGCAUUCCCUCAGAAGCCUUUAGCCAGCAGGCCUCUGCUCCUGGAAGAGCAGCCUCUCCUCCUGCAGGACCUCCUGGACCAAGAGAGGCAGGAACAGCAGCAUCAGAAACACAUGCAGGCCAUGAUUCGCCAGAGAACCUCUGCAGAGCCCACCCUGCCAAACAUAGACUUUGACUCCAUCUCAGACCCCAUCAUGAAGGCUAAGAUGGUUGCUCUGCAGGGCAUCAACAAGGUCGUGACCCAGAGCAGCCUGACUCUGCACCCCAUGGUCAUCAACAGAUUCCAGCACACAUCGGGCGCACAGGGUCCUGAGGGGCCUCUCCCGCCUUCACAUCUUACAGGAGAGCAGGAAGGGAAGCCCCCACCCCAGCUGGUGAGACCCGCGCCCCCCAGCCUCACACCGGGCUUCGUCAAUGACUCCCAGCGUCAGCAGUAUGAGGAGUGGUUGGGAGACACACAGCAGCUCCUUCAGAUCCAGCAGCGCCUCCUGGAGGAGCAGAUUGCUGCUCACAGGAAGGCCAAGAAGGCUCUGUCUGCAAAACAACGCACCGCCAAGAAGGUUGGCCGGCCCUUUGCCGAGGAAGACGCCCUGCAGCUCCACAACAUUAGUGAACAGCAGGGGGCAGUCCAGAAACAACUGGAGCAGAUUCGGAAGCAACAGAAGGAGCAUGCAGAGCUGAUUGAAGACUACAGGAAUCAACAGCAGCAGCAGAGAGCUCUAUUGCAACAACAGCCCCACACCCCAUUAAUGCCCCCUGCUGCGCCCCCUAUGGUCCAGACCCUGCUGCCACAGAACACGGUGCCCAUGCAGCCUCAGCCGGGUGGCCCCACCCCAGCCCGCAUACCAAACAUACCCCCAGCUUGGACUCCUGGUGCUGGACAUCCGGAAGGCAGUGGUCAGAGAUUGCCCCCUAAUCUACCCCCACAGAUGCCCCCUGUCCGCCCCAAUGCCCCCCAACCUCUCACCCAGAACCCUGCAGCCAUGGUGCCCAGCCUCGCUGCUCCACCUACCAGCUUCCCUCCGCCAGUGCCAGGCCCGGAAGACGGAGACUCCAGUGGAGCAGCUGGAGCGGGUGUGAGGGUGUGUGGAACCACGGCUGCUCCACAGGUGAAGUUUGAUGACAACAACCCGUUCAGUGAAGGCUUCCAGGAGAGAGAGAGGAGAGAGAGACUGAGAGAGCAGCAGGAGCGGCAGAGAGUACAGCUGAUGCAGGAGGUGGACCGUCACCACUCUCUCCAGCAGCAUCUGGAGCUAGAGCAGCAAGGCAUGCUGGGAGCCAGUGUUUCCAGGGCUGCUGCCAGUGGGGAAAGCCUCUCCCAGAUGCCCAUCUUCAGCUCUGAGCUGCCCCAGGACUUCAUGCAGUCUCCCCUGCCCUCCAGGGCACCACAGCAGCAACCUGCCCUCCUUCCCUCCCACCUUGCCCAGGGCUCUAUGCGGGGGGCCAUUAGUGAGAGAGGCAGAGCCCCCCCCGGACCGGGCUCCGCCGUCAACAACUCUGCUUCCAGAGCCAGACUGCCCGGCCCCGGGGCAGUGCCAGCACAGAGCCCAGCACGGCCUGCUGGGAUAGGAGGACACCACGGCUCACCCUCCCUCAUCCAGCUGUACUCUGACGUCAUCCCUGAAGAGAAGCCAAAGAAGAAGAGGAACAGGAAGAGAGAGGGCGAGGACAGCACAGGGGGAGGAACCAGAACACCACUCUCGUCCCACUCUGAUGACAUCACAGCCCCGCCCACCCCGGCUGUGUCUGAGACGUCCUGCUCCACACCCACGCGGGGCACCAUAGAUCAGUCAGACCUCUCCUUCCCUCAAACCUCCUCCCACUCUAGCUUUGCUCCGUCAGAGCUGGAGCAGCAGCUGUCAGCCAGAGUUGCAGCCCAGGAUGAAGGCUCAGAAGCCCAUAGAGCCCCCCUGUCAGCAGCUCCACUGGAGGUUAAGGAGGAGAAGGUGGAGGGCUGGGCCUGUGGUGGAGGCAUGGUAAAAGUGGAGGAGGCUGGAGCUGAGGGUUACUCUUGUUCUCCUCUUCAUGGAGAUGGAGGGAAAGAAUUACUGAAACAUCUACUGAAGGACACCAGCUCCCCUGCAACCACCCCUUCACCUAGCAACCAGGUCCCACCUGCACGCUGCCAACUGUCCAUUGAGAGUAUCCAAUCUGAAGAGGAAGAGGGGAAAGCCAGGGCCGGUUCCUAUGGCAACAUGAACAUGGUGGUAGACAGUGUUGGCUCCGUGGAGUUUCCAGAAGGUUCUGAGUCUGUGAGGAAGAAGCAGCAGCAACGCUGUAAGAGGCCUGCGCGCCAGGAGGGAGAGAGAGCGCCUCCCAAAAGCAAGAGGAGGAAGAGAGAGGAGGAAGACAAGAGGCUGUGCUCCUCCUCCAACACUGCCAAUCUGAUGACUGACACCCAGCUGCAGUUGUCUCUGCUUCCUCUAAUGGAGCCGGUGAUGGGGGUGAGUCUGGCUCUGUUCCCCCCGUAUGGCAGCUCCUCCCUGGACAGAGACAGUCGGCUGAUUGGCUCCUUUGGAAACGCCUCGCUGGACGGAGUGACAGACUACUACUCUCAGCUCAUAUACAAGAGCAACCUCAGCAACCCUCCGACCCCCCCAGCCUCCCUGCCCCCCACCCCCCCGCCUGUUGCUCGGCAGAAGUUGGUCAAUGGCUUCGCCUCCACAGAUGAGCUGAAGACACCAUCUAUAAGGGAGCAGGACGAUGUUUCUGGUCUGAAGCGAAAAGGGGAGCAGCUUUUGGCUCUAAGCCAGGCCUCUAAAACAGUGGAUGUCCCCGCUUCCCUCCCGACGCCGCCCCACAACAACCAGGAAGACGUCAGGGUCCAAGAGCUGGAGGGCAGGCACAGUCCUGACAGCUUUGUUCCCUCCUCGUCUCCAGAGAGUGUGGUGGACAUGGAGAUCAGCAGAUACCCGGACAUUAGCCACAUCAAACUAGAGCCACCUUCCCCCUGCCCGUCGCCUACAAUACCCAUCAUGCCCUGCACCUGGGGCAAAGGAUCUGCAGUGAAACAAGAAAUCAAGGUGGAGCCUAACCAUCUUGGACCACCCUCGUGUUCCAGCACUGGACUGGUUUCCAUAGCGAUAACACUGAAUCCUAUGGCUGCCCAGAAUGUUCCAGGUGUCAUGGCAGCAGUAGCAGAUCUGCUGCGUGUUCCAGUACCAGUCAGCUACCAGCUCAUCCAGCUGCCCAAUGGAGCCACUGCUCCAGCACCAGCACUGGUACCAGCAGAACGCAGCUCCCUGGCUCUCCUGGCUGGAAUCCAAAUCCCUCAGCCACAGGGACUAGACUCCAACAAACAGAUAGCACUGGGCUCUCAUCAGACAAGUAUCAGACCCACUGGAACCUCUGGAACCCCUGGAGCUGUGUAUGCUCUGUGUCCAGUUGUCAGAAUGGACUACAGACAACAUGGCAGCUCUCAGCCUGCUGCCAAGCCUCAGUGUUGCUCCCACUGCAAGGUGCUGCUCGGAAAUGUAGUUCGAAACCCCACCAAGGCCCUCAUACAGGAGGAUCAAGUCAGAGGAUCCGGUCCUGUUUUUUGCACCAACUGUUCGGCUCUCUACUCAUCUGGUCUGCAGCCCAAACCCACUGAAACCAAGGCUGUGGUUCCAGGCAUCCCAGCAGAAGGCAGCAGAGACUCUCCUCCCUCCAACAGGAUCUACCAUCAGUACACCAACAACAUGUCUAUCAUCGCUGUCCACUGUCUGCCCCUGCCCUCCUCAUCUCCCCCUCCCCCCACCUCCUCCCCCCACCUCUCCUUCCCCCCAGCCUCCGUCCUCACUAUGGACACCAAGCCCCGCACCGACAGCCUGAAGGUUACACUGAAGCUGAAGCCCCGCUCCCGCACCGUUCCUGGAGGUGACGACUCUUCUUCAUUAUCAUCAUCAUCAUCAUCUCCUCGUCACGGGAAGAGGAUAAAGAGUUCCCACUGGCGUCGCUGGAGUGUUCACAUCACACUGCCCAGAGGGCCCAGUGUGACCAAUCAGGCGGUUGCCAUUCCAACAGAGGAGGAAAUUGAUGUUUUGUUGAGGAAGCUGGGGGCGUGUCUGCGACCGGACCCCCUUCCCAGAGACCAGCGUCGCUGCUGCUUCUGUCACCAGCAGGGAGACGGAAAGACGGAUGGGCCAGCCCGAUUACUGAACCUCGAUCUAGACCUCUGGGUCCAUCUGAACUGUGCCUUGUGGUCCAGUGAGGUCUAUGAGACUCAGGCUGGAGCUCUGAUAAAUGUGGAGUUGGCUUUGAGAAGGGGUCUGACCCUUCGCUGUGCUCACUGCCAGCAGACAGGAGCCACCAGCGGCUGCAACCGCCUGCGCUGUACCAACACCUACCACUUCACCUGCGCUGUCCAGGCCCACUGCACCUUCUUCAAGGAUAAGACCAUGCUGUGUCAUCUCCAUAAGCCCAAGUCGGUGUCUCCCAGCGUAGACAAGCUUUCUACCACAGGCGCCUUGACGAGCUCCUCCUGCUCCCCGUCCUCCACCCCUGCCUUGCCCCGUGCACCCAGCCCGACCCCUGACCCUUACGACUCGGAACUGCGCUGUUUCUCCGUGUUCAGGCGUGUGUAUGUGCAGAGAGACGAGGCGCGGCAGAUCGCCGCCAUCGUGCAGCGUGGCGAGCGCCAGCACACCUUCCGCGUGGGCAGUCUGGUGUUUCGUUCGAUCGGCAGGCUCCUCCCCCAUCAGAUGCCGAGGUUCCACAACAACACCGCCAUCUUCCCUGUUGGUUACCAGGCCAACCGUAUCUACUGGAGCAUGCGCCAUGGCAACAGGCGUUGUAAAUACAUGUGUUCUGUAGAGGAAAGGGAGGGUGAGCCGCUGUUCAGACUGAAGGUGGUUGAGAAAGGAUACGAUGAUGCCCUCUUGACUGGACCCUCGCCUAAAGCGGUGUGGGACCAGGUACUGGAGCCAGUCUCAAAGUUGAGGAGUUGUACUGGCACUCUGAAACUGUUUCCUGCCUUCCUGAAGGGAGAAGAUCUGUUUGGACUGACGACCUCUGCUGUUACCAGGAUCAUAGAGAGCUUACCUGGUGUGGAGGUAUGUGAGCGGUACUCAUUGCGAUAUGGGAGAAACCCUCUGAUGGAAUGGCCUCUGGCCUUCAACCCUACAGGAUCAGCUCGCUCUGAACCCAAAGCCUGCCAGGCCAAGAGACCUUACCUGUUGACCAGUAUUGCCCCACGGUGUCAAGGUUCUGUUGGACCAAUCGUAGGCCUUGUUCCAGGCGUUCUUUCCUUGACACCAGGUGAAUUUGUGGCUGGAGCUCCACAAGGUCGACACUCCAAGUCCUCCCAGUACCGCCGCAUGAAGGCCGAGUGGAAGAGCAAUGUUUACCUGGCUAGGUCACGCAUACAGGGUCUGGGUUUGUAUGCAGCCAGAGAUUUUGAGAAGUGCACCAUGGUGAUUGAAUACAUUGGAACCAUCAUCAGGAGUGAAGUGGCCAACCGCAAGGAGAGACUGUACGAAUCCCAGAACCGUGGAGUGUACAUGUUCCGGAUUGACAAUGAUUACGUGAUCGAUGCCACCAUUACCGGAGGACCUGCCAGGUACAUCAACCACUCCUGCGCACCCAACUGCAUCACUGAGGUGGUUACCGUGGAGAAGGAGAACAAGAUCAUCAUCAGCUCCUCACGACGCAUCCAGAGAGGAGAGGAGCUGUCUUAUGACUACAAGUUUGACCUGGAAGAUGAUCAACACAAGAUUCCCUGUCACUGUGGGGCGCUCAACUGUCGCAAAUGGAUGAACUGAAUCACUCUCUCUCUCUCUCUCUCUCUCUCUCUCUCUCUCUCUCUCUCUCUCUCUCUCUCUCUCUCUCUCUCUCUCUCUCUCUCUCACACACACACACACACACACACCUGAACAGCCCAGGUGAUGAUUGGCAGCUUCUCCCCCUGUGGGGGGUGUACCUUUAGUUGAUGAUGAGAUGAACGAGGAUCACUGAGUAGUGAUGAGAAUCAUGUCGACUGCUCGAAGGUUUUCAGGAAGUACGGCGCUGGAGUCUGAUUGGCUGUUCUGUUGCCUGUAACAGGAAGUGGUUGUCAGAGAGGGCGUGGUUUGGACAGAGAGGCUGGUCCUCUACAUCCUGUGUACAUAGUAGUAGGAAGAUGUUGUGAGACACACUGAGCGCCAGAGUGUUGCGCGCUUGCUUUACUUGCACUAAACACGGGAGGAAAACGUUGAUUCCAUGAGUCAGUUUGGGUUUUUUUUUUCUUCUUUUCUUAACAUUUCUGUAACAUAAGAGGUUUGUUUUUUUUUUUUUGUAUUUAUUAACAAUCAAAGCUAUUUUCUAACUUGUGGCAGGUUUUGUGGCUGGAGUGUAAAUAUGUGUACCAUAAAACUUGGAGAUCAUGGUCCUCGGUGUCUCUGGUGUCAGGUGUCUGCAGCGUCUGCCUGUACAGAAUGUAAAGAUGAAGGCACACGUGUUUACAGCACACUCGUAUCUAAACAACAACAGUUUUGACCACUGAAAUUACUUCCACCCCUUAUGUUGACCUUUGCCCCACCACACCAAAAUGUUACCAUGGAAACCUACCUGCCAAUCCCGUGGCAACGAGCGUGGGGCCCUGACAUCCGGAUGCUUUGCAGAAGCGUCUCUUUUGAUUGGAUGGUUUGGGAACGUUUCCCUGAGAACCCGCCUCUUCCUGCCAAUCACCUCCUGUCAAUCACACAGAGGACCGCCUCUCUUCCUUCUCGUUUGACAGAAAUGUUUGUUUUCAUGUUUGAUGGUUGUACUGAUGUCUCACCCGCAGAGGGGCGCUCUGCUUCCUGUUCGUCAGCUCCCGCUGUGGAGAAAGAAGGACUGAUGAGACUUUUUCUCUUGUCAAUCGGAGAGUUUUGUUUGAUGUUUUGUGCACAUAAUGGAAGUCAAACUGUUUCUGCUCUGUCCCAGACAACCAGUGUAGAUAUUUGACCUCUGUGGUUGUAAAAAUAGUUCUGUUGAUUUAAUCCUCUUGCUCUUGUACAUUUACCCUCGACACACAGAAAUCCUUUCGUUUUCUUAUCUGUACAGGUCCAAACCAUGUUGGAGACACAAAGCCUUUUUUAAGUGUACAGAUGUUUUUGUUUUUGAAAUCAAAUUUAGAAUCAUUUACAA